AUGGCUGAGAUGUUGUGUCUCAUUCUGCCGAAGUAUACCCGGGCGCCCUCAGCAUGGAAUCUCCCGGGAUUGAAACUGUUCGAAAUACCGAAGCUAGGAAGGGUCGGUUUAUGGUCUUCUCUAAUCAUGUUUAUCUCAUGGAGAAAGGCAGUUGUACUUCUGGGCUUCACAGUGGGGAGGUUGGUGCUCGCAGAGGACAUCAUUACUAGUGAUACGACUUUCUAUGGGCAAUCCCCUCCAGUUUAUCCUUCACCCGAAGGCACCGGCGCUGGAGAUUGGGCAUCUGCAUACCAGAAAGCCAAAGCAUUUGUCGCCAAGUUAUCUGACGAUGAGAAGGUCAAUCUAACUGCAGGUGUUUCUUCUGAGAAUGGAUGUUCUGGAAAUAUCCAGGGUAUUCCUCGAUUGGGAUUCCCAGGAAUGUGUGUCAGCGAUGCCGGUAAUGGCUUGAGAGGACCUGAUUUUGUCAACAGUUGGUCAUCUGGAAUCCAUGUAGGGGCGAGUUGGAACCGCGACCUUGCCAAGGCCCGAGCUGUCUACAUGGGAAAGGAGUUUCGGAAAAAAGGCGUGAACAUGAUCCUGGGCCCUGUCGUUGGUCCCAUCGGCCGUGUAACACUUGGUGGCCGUAAUUGGGAAGGGUUCGCUGCGGAUCCAUACCUGAGUGGGAUCCUGGCUGCCGAGUCGGUCAAGGGUCUUCAAUCCCAAAACGUUGCCACAUCUCUGAAGCAUUACAUCGGAAAUGAGCAAGAAACCAACCGCAAUCCAGAAACAGAUUCCAAUGGGCACUAUGUUGAGGCCGUCUCUUCUAACAUCGACGACAAGACACUCCAUGAACUCUAUCUAUGGCCUUUCCAAGACGCAGUACUUGCUGGAACUACUUGCGUCAUGUGCUCAUACAACCGUUUGAAUAAUUCAUACGCUUGUCAGAAUAGCAAGACCCUCAAUGGCCUUCUGAAAACAGAGCUUGGCUUUCAAGGAUACGUUAUUUCUGACUGGUAUGCGCAACAUGCUGGCAUUUCCUCUGCCAGUGCUGGUUUGGAUGUUGUUAUGCCAAGCUCAAGUUACUGGAACAGCAAUUUGACUACAGCGAUCACAAAUGGAACCAUGGAGGCAUCACGUCUAGAUGACAUGAUUACAAGACUGAUGGCGACGUGGUAUUAUCUUGAUCAAGAUUCGGCCUUCCCAAGUCCUGGCAUCGGCAUUCCAUCUAGCAUAAGUGCCGCGCACCAGGCUAUUAUUGCUACCUCCGAAGCAGCAAAAUCAGUGCUUUUGCAAUCGUCCAUUGAGGGACACGUUCUGGUGAAGAACAAAAACAACGCCCUUCCUCUCAAACCCCCGGAACUAGUCUCUGUUUUCGGAUAUGAUGCCUAUACACCGAUGUCUUACACUCUUGCAACUUCAUUCAGCUUCCCAACUACAGAGCGAUCAGACCUCUAUCAUAAUGGAACCUUGUAUAGUGGCGGUGGAUCUGGCGCGAACUCACCCGCGUAUAUUGACUCCCCAAUCGAAGCUCUGCAGCGUCGAGCCUACGAAGACGGCUCUUCUAUUCUCUGGGAUUUUACCUCGGAAAAUCCUACCGUCAAUUACGUGUCGGACGUAUGCCUGGUCUUCAUCAAUGCUUACGCUACGGAAGGUGCUGAUCGAGAGGCUCUUUCCGACAGCCACAGCGAUACGAUUGUGACGAAUGUCGCAAAAAAUUGUGCAAACACUGUUGUUGUGGUCCACAAUGCUGGGAUCCGCACGAUCGAGUCUUGGGUAGAUCAUGCAAAUGUGACCGGUGUCAUCUUUGCCCAUCUACCUGGUCAGGACACCGGUCGUGCAUUGGUAGAUAUUCUCUAUGGAGAUGCAAACCCUUCAGGCAAACUUCCAUACACAGUUGCAAAGCAAAGCCCUGACUAUGGGUCUCUGCUUGAGCCAUCUCAGCCCGAAGGGGAAUAUGAGUACUUCCCCCAGUCUAACUUUUCGGAAGGAGUUUAUAUCGACUAUCGUGCGUUUGAUCAAAGUGGAAUCGAGCCCCAGUACGCGUUCGGAUAUGGUCUAUCAUACACUACAUUUGGCUACUCUAAUCUCAAAGUAUCGAAGACUUCGGCCUCUUUGACUAGUUAUCCCGCAAAGGCUUCGAUUCUUCCGGGCGGAAACCCUCGGCUCUUUGAUACGCUAGUUAAGAUCUCUGCCACUGUGAAAAAUACUGGAAACGUUGAUGGGAAGGAAGUCGCACAGCUCUAUGUUGGAAUUCCUGGUGGACCUGUUCGCCAGCUUCGGGGCUUUGAGAAGGUCUUGAUCAAGUCUGGCAAAACGACGACCGUCACUUUCAGCCUUACUCGGCGAGACUUGAGCACGUGGGAUACUGAUGCACAGGAAUGGCUACUCCAGCGUGGAACAUAUCAGAUCUAUGUUGGACGAAGUAGCAGGGACCUGCCACUUACGGGGACUUUGACGAUUUAA